GGAGGAGGAGAGGAGAAGCGGCGCAGGAGCUACGGUCACUUUCUCACAGGCUUCGGCCGAGCCUGUGUGGUCUCUCCCACGCUGUUGCUAGGGAAAUGGAUGGCUUGAAUGGAUCGGUGGUCCGGACGGAUCAGUCCUGCUCGCCCCCUCACCUUUACAGCCCGCCGUGUUUCAGCGCGACUUUACGGGGAUUGCUGCUAAAAACGUGACGCGUCGGCAUCAGCUCUGCACCAGCCGAGUCCAGUGGAGCUGCACCUGGAGAAGUGAGGUGAAGAGAGGCAGCCGGGGAGAGGGCUCGACAGUCUGGCCGGCGCCCCGGGUGGAUGCUGCCUUAAGAGAACAACGGCUGAGGCAGCAGCACCGAGUCAAAAAGGAGUAUGGCAUCCACUCGCAUGCAGAUAUUUGGAUUUGUCCUAGCAUUGCUGGGCAUCAUGGGUGCCACGGUGGCCACCCUGCUGCCCAACUGGAAGGUCAGUGCAGAUGUGGGCCCCAACAUCAUCACAGCUAUUUCCCAGAUGCAGGGGCUGUGGAUGGACUGCACCUGGUACAGCACUGGCAUGUUCAGCUGCACACUCAAAUAUUCCGUGCUUUCCCUUCCUGCGUACUUGCAGACUGCUCGCACCACCAUGGUGCUCUGCUGUGUGCUGGCUGCCAUGGGCCUCUGCCUUGCUUCUCUGGGACUGAAAUGUACUCGAUGGGGAGGCGGACGGCGCUCCAAGCGACAUGCCGCCAUUGCCAGUGGGGGCUGCUUCGUCACUGCUGGCUUUCUGUGUCUGGUGCCUGCUUCUUGGUUUACCAAGGAAGUCAUCACAAACUUCUUGGACUCCAGCGUGCCAGAGAGCAAUAAGUUUGAGCCUGGGGGUGCUGUGUACGUCGCCUUUGUAUCAGCAGGUUUCCUCUUUGUUGGGGGGUCCGUAUUCUGCAUGUCUUGCUCGGGGAAGAGGCACGGCCCUCAGGACCUGGUUCUGCUUCCUCCACCGGACAAACUGCUCCUCCAACAGCAGCAGCAACAGCUUCUCCAGCAGGAGCUCCAGCACCAGUACUGCUCCCUCUCCCCCUUAGACAACAAGACUGGCUACAGUCUGCAGGACUACGUGUAAUAAAAGUAGCAGCUACAGGGAGGCAUGCCUGAAGGGGAAAACCAUCAUGGUUAAUGCUGUACAUCGGGCUGUGCUCCAAACUGAGGAGGAGAAGCAACGAGAGGAGGGCAACAACUUUGAAUUCAUUUGUGUCUCCUUUUAGUCUGUUUUGAAAGCACAAGCUGUGGAGGUAAACCUUGAGCAGGAGCUCGGAAAGAAACAGAGCUGAUGUGUAAGGAGGCUGGAUUCAUGCUGCAGGAGUGAAGGACGCUCCCAGAUUCUUCAUCAGUAAAUCAAGAAAAAGCUCCCUGGGGAAUGGAUUACGCAAAAUAAAGAAGCCGAGAGUGUAGAUUUCACCCCCUCCUCACCAAAGCUUUGAAUAGAAAGAAAAUAAGCAAUCAUUUAGCUGCUAUUUACAAUCCUUCUUACCGAUACCCUCCUCCCUCCCCUUAUUUGAGUAGAAAGGCAAUAUAAAACCAGAGAACAGAAGGUAAAACCCCUUCCAUAGCAAGCCAUUUUAUUUAUUUAAUUUUAUACAUAUCUGCUAGAAUGCAACCUUGAAUCGAUUGAAAUUAAAAAGGUGAUAUUUUUGUUAGUUUCUAGAAGGAUGUUGAUAUUUUCGCCUCUAAAGCAUGCUGUGUGGAGCCUGUUUGUGUAUUGAUACACUGGAAUGCCUGGUAGAACGACUGAACCACACAAUGCUUGUGCCUGAAAACAAAGCUGUAGAAACAUUAACCCUGCUGGAAGUUUUCAAAGACGACUGUCAGGAGGAGACGACGCGGGGCGACGGGGUUGCAGUGAACGAACGAAACGUGCGCUUCGCACGGCAGGUGGAAAUAUGAGAGGAAGGGAGAGAAAUUUAGCAGGAAGCCUGUUCUGUGCUUUAGUAGAGUGGACACUUUCACAUCACCCAUCCAGACACAAUCCACUUGUGUGUAUAAGUUGCGGCGUUCCCAUUCAACAAUCCAUUGUGGACAUUUACACCCACACCACGCAUGCUUUUGUGUGCCAUUUCUGUGCACAAUAAACAUUCAGGGGCUUUUCAUGUGUGUUUUUCACUCCCGUCUACUGCCUCUUUACUGCCAUGGAGACAGAUUUCCCCUUUAAACAUCUUUAUUAUCAGCCAGUCGCAGGAGCUCUUUGAAAAGGGGCAUCCUUUCAUGCCUUUAACCCCACACCCCACCUUACAGUUGCAGUUUUUAGAAGAAAUUCUUCCCUGCAACCAAUUUUGACCAUUCCCUCAUUAUUAAAACAGAAAUUCAAUGGUCAAGCAUCACAGGAGCAUAAUUGCAGAAGAAGAGAAUGAUAGGCUCCUAAGUGGAUAAUUGUGCCGCAGACGACUAAAAAAGCUUUGAGUCAUUCUCCAUAUGUGACUUGUUUUUUGAGUGCGUCAGCAGCAGUGCGCAUAUGUUACCAGUCUUCACCUGGAAAGCUCUGUUUUAUACUGCGUCCACUUCAUUAUCCUACUAACCCCACCAUUCCUUGGGUCCCAACCGGUGGCUCCUUUCCCCCUCCCUUUCCGACUCAUUCAUCCUGGCCUGUUUGUGUCAGCCGUCACAUGGAUGUGAUCCCUGACGAGAGAACGCUGAUGCAUGCUGAAAGCGUGUCCUCCUCAAACGCACAUCCACACCAGGCUCAAAUAAACACAACUCUUCUCGCUCGCCCACAUCUACCUACUCAUGUGACAGUUGGAGCACUACUUUCAUGGCUAUAUUACAAAGAGAGUCUACACUUCGACUCCCAGAGGAGGAAUAUUGAGUUUGUGCAUGAAGCAGGCAUGGAUGUAUAGAACUGCACAGUCUCUCCUUUUCUCUCAUAAACAUGCAGCUUCCUGGGGGAGAGCAGAUGGCUGAGCCCAGUCUGCCACCUGCAGGCAGCUGCCAGAAACACCACAGGCGCCUCCGAGGGACUGCUGGCAAACUUGGUAGCCCUGCAGAGCCAAAACUGGCACGACUCAGAGCUGGCCAGGCACCACUACUGAUAAAUGCAAUAAAACUAGUAAAGAAUGUGCCAUGUCAUCAGCUAAUACCGACACAUUAUGUGUUUGAGAAUGUGCCAAAUGGUUUCAUGAUGACAAAUUUUAAUAUUACCUGGAGUUUUUCUUUUGUCCUUUAUUUUUCUAUGAAUUUUACAUCUGAAAAAUGCUUUAUGGGUUUGGGAUUUCUUCUGCCAGAUUAGAUGCUUGUGUACAGUCCUUUGCAGCUUUCGAGGGUUAAUUCAAAUCCUCAUUACUCCUCAAAGCACAGCAGGACUCCAGAGUCUGAGCCCUAAAUAAAUACACCGUCUCGUAAAAAGUAUUCAUACCCCCCCUAAAUACAAUCAUAAACUUCUGUGUAAUUUAUUAGAACAAAAAACAAAAUGUUGAUGAGAU